GACACACAGUCAGUCCCACAUACAUUCUUACAGGCACACACACACACACAUGCACGGGCCUAAGUCAUAAACGGACUGGACUGACUUCUUGCACCUCACAAGUCAGGCUCUGUCUGAAUCGAUCGAUACUGAAGACCAAUAUAAUCCCGCUUCCAACCCUCCAGGCUUUCAACUCGUACAAUCCAACCUUCCUUCGUUUGUCCCUUGGCCUGUCUCCGGAACCACGGCCUGCCUGCCUGCCUGCCCGCCGGCCUGCCUCUCUGUCUUUGGGUCUGUCCUCUGCCUGUGCCAUCUCUUCACCCGGGCCACCCGGGGUGUGAUCAUCCCACCUGCCCGCCAGCCAUACAGCCAGAAGACAGCCAAUUUGGAUCCUCUCUCCACGGGUAGUCUCUUAAUUUUUCGGGCUCUUGGGCUCUGGGGCUCUUGGUGCCCCAAGUACUUGUCCCCCGGCCCCCGGCCCCCACCGUGCGUUAAUAAUCUGCUUCAUGGCUUUGACGUUUUGGCUUGAAAAUGGCUCCGCCUCUGGUUUCGCCUCCGCCUGAUCCACUCUGAUCCCUUAAAGCGGCCCCCCCCGUACUCGUCGCCGAGUUCGGCCCCAAGCCCCAUGUCGCCAGCGUCGGGGGUACCCGAGAGGCGGGGCCCGUGUGGCCUGACCCGCCCCCCGUUUGCCCUAAGAUGGAUGUUAAUGGUCGGGCUGGAACUGGGCUUCAUGAUGAGCUGGCCGUCCGCGGUUCAGGCUGCCGAACUGCGCAACGUCUCGUCCAUGGUGUUUGGUGGGGAUUUGGGCUGGCUACCCAUGGCCUUCGGCGAUUUUAAUGCCGAUAAAUUGACUGACCUGGUGGUGAUCCCCGCCGCUCGGCCCCGUUCCACUUUAGCCGUGCUCUUGGCCCGCGCCCAGACCUUCAGUCUGCUCGAGGAAGACUACUUUGCGCCUGAUCCAGCCCAACAUCAUCUAGCCUGCCAUGUUCCGGAGUGGCACAUAAUGGGCGUGACGCCCGGCGAUUUUGACGGUGAUGGCGGCAUGGACCUGCUCGUGCUAGCCCAACCCGCCCCUGGAUCGCCGGGGCUGGGUGGGUCCGUUAGUACCGCCCUACUCUUUUGGGGUGACCACGACCAGAUUCGACAUGAGCAUCGUUUGACUUGUGGGAACGCCAGCGCUUGGACUUUGCCCAUGGAACAAGAGCCCUUGCUCCUGGAUGCCAAUGGCGAUGAUAUCGCGGAUUUAUAUGGGGCCGUUAAUGGCACGCGGGGCGUUUGGCUCUUCAAUGGACAAAGAGAGGAACCACCCACGUGGCAAGUUUGGGACCGAAGGCCCUCCGAACUCACACGACGCCCUCAUUCGAACGCCUUUGUUGACUUGAACUCCGAUGGCAAUGCCGACCUCUUUGUGACCAACGAAAAAUCCCUCGAGCUGUGGGAGAACUUGGGCCACGGCCAGGCUAAAACCCCAUCCGCCGACGCUGAUCAAACCAUUACGAGUCCGUUUCGCAAGCAUAAAAGUGUGCCGCUCCCAGCUUGUGACACCAGUAAAGGUACCUGCAUUGGCCAAUCCGUAUUUGCGGAUUUUGAUCUGGACGGCCGUUUAGAUAUGAUUUUCCCCGUCUGUUACGACGCCGAGUGUCGGACGAGCACAUUGCAUUUCGCCACUUUGGACGCUCUGUGGUCGGGCACCCGCCAAGAUUUUUUGGUCAUUCCCACCACGCUAGGCCAAUGGAAAUUUGAUUACGCCGAUGACGAUAAUCCCGAUAAUCCUUAUUACGGUCUUUCCCCGCGUGUUGGUGAUAUCAACUUAGAUGGGUACCCAGAUUUAUUGAUUCGCGUCCAACACCGAACCUCUAAAGAGGCUCAAGUGCACUUGUUGCUGAACGUAUUUGAUCCGAAUUCACCCACGGAAAACAAACGCGGGUUUCUUCUCCAGCCAGAUGUCAUGACGGGCCUCAACCAAACGGUGAUGGCAGCCUUCUAUGACUUGUAUGAAAAUGGCUUGGAGGAUAUCAUAACCGUAACUUCCGAGUCUCCCAAUGGGAUGAAGUUAGGGGCCUUCACCAAUCAAACCCAGGAUAGUGACGCCUACUUUGUCAAGGUCAUCGUUUUGUCGGGUCUCUGCUAUCACGAUUGUAAGGAUGAGCAUAUCCAAGUUCCCUACGGCACCAACCUACCCGGGCAAACGAUUUGCUAUCGGCAACAACGUCCAGGGAGUGAGUCCUUCGUGGAGGUUCGAUCCUGUGCUCCGCAACUGACCCAAACCGCCCAUCAUGCUUUGCAACUUCCAUAUACCAUAUUCGGUUUGGGUAUGGCGCCUAACUUCUUGGACUACAUGUAUGUCAAUGUAACCAACACCUCCAGUCACAGCAUGGGACGGACUUGGACUCAGAUUAUCCCAAACUCGCAGAUGUACAUCAUUCCAUAUCCUCGGAGUUGGCCGGCUCAAUGGGAGGCCAAAUUAUACAUCACUCCAAGUCGAGGGAUUACCUUGACGGCCUUGGCUUUGGUCGGCACGUGCAUUUUAUGCGUGCUCAUCAUUUUGGCACUUCAUUGGCGAGAAAGAGCUCAUGAUCGCAAAGAGAAACUGCAAGAGGCCAACCGGUUCCAUUUUGACGCCAUGUGAGUGCCAAGAAGCAGUGAAAAGAAAACCCCGAUGAAGAAAAAAUAAUGUGUUUGGGGCAUCUCGGCGACAAUUUCUUGAUGCAAAGAAAGACGACCAAUUGUGCGUGCACUUGUUCUUUCGUUCUCUUCUCACCAAACUGUGAUAAUCAUCUCCUGCUUGAAUGUCCCUUGAAUCGUUGCACAUCGAUAAAAGCAAUGAAGUAGUGUCAGUUGCACCAUGCCCUAAUGUUAAUUUUUGCUUCAGGUCAAGAGUAAGUCAACAUGGCCAACCACCAAAGACUGUUCUUAACCUAUAAAGAUAUGGCACACACGUUUGAUUUCAUUAUGUCAGAUAAAAAUAAAUAUUUUAUGGUCGUA